AGUCUUUCAGUGCUGUCAAAGAAGGUUUUUCUUCAAUAAGUGCAGUGAGUGCAGUGAAGUUCCAUGUUCUUUGUAAUAGUACGAGAAGCGCCAAUCUCCAUAGCUAGCAGCGAUAAAGGGUCCGUUGCAGAACCGAGGAACGUCGCGAGUCGUCGAAUAUGAUCAAGGCUAAGACAAGCCCAUCCUUUGGAUUCUUUGUUCCUGGAGAAGCCGAAAUAUCAGAAAGCCAGCAGUCUACCAAAGAAAGAUAACUAUUGAUAACUCGUUUCCCCGCAAAGCAACCGUGGACCCAUCAGUGAUUACAUCAUCACCAGCUAAAGAUGGCGGAGUUCCGACCAGGCACCGCGCUUGCUGAGAUGCCUCAUGCAUAUCCCUCACGUCCAACAUCGAAUGACAUUGAGCGGAUCAAACUUUAUAUAUAAUUAUCUUAUAUCUCAGAAGCAAACCAGCGGGUAAACUAGUGGGCUACUGGUUGACGGAAUGGAGGGUCAGAACCCUUUGCUAGGCUCGCCCACGAGCGACCUGGGUUCGGAGCGUACGUCUCUUCUUCGGGACUACCAAGAGCCCGGGCAUGAGAAGCGUCAUGGUUUCUCUGAAGACUUAGACUCCGUUGACAAUCGUCAUCGAUCUUCAAGAGCGCGUGGGAGCAAGUCAAGCCGAUCAUGGCUUGCCACGGCUUGUUAUGCUAUACUGUUCGCAUUGGGAGCUCUUCUGUUCACGACUUCUGGGUAUUUUGCAUCAUUUAUGUUGAAAGAACCAUCAGAUAACGAAACUCCACACACCGAGGCGCCCACCAUCUGCCAGACCCCCGAAUGUGUGAGCGCUGCCUCGGAUAUUCUUCGCAAUCUAGACCCGAAAUACGCCGAUAUCGAUCCAUGCACUGACUUUGACCAAUAUGUUUGUGGCGGAUGGAGGGAGAACCACGAUAUGCGGUCAGACCAAGGCGCGAUAUUUUCAGGGACCUUUAUGCAGGAGGCUUCCCAGGCUCGCCUUCGCCAUCUACUUGAGACUUCUAGCCCUUCAGACCCCGCCGAUUCGGAUAUCUUUGAUAAACUAAAGUCCGGCUACAAUGCAUGUCUUGACGAAGAUAGGGCUAAAAAGCGCGGUAAUGAGCCAUUGGAAAAGCUGUUACAAGAUUUUGAGAAGAUAUAUAGCCUGGACUCGGGAUCGGAAGGCUCCGAAACUAGCCUGACUGAUGCGGUGCUGCACCUUAUUAAGUCAGGCGUUCGUGCUCUUGUCGAGUCUUCUGUCGGACCUGACGACCGUGACCCGGAUAAUGUUGUACUUUUUGUAACGCCACCUAGGAAUAUUGGGCUUCCUGCGAGAGAGUACUAUAAUGAUACACAGACUGUCAGCGAUUAUACUACGGUUGUCGAGAAGGUCCUCGGUGCAUUUGUUAAGCACAAGAAAAAGAGUCACCUUUCUAAGGAUGUCGUGGAAUUCGAAUCGAAAUUGGCAAAUGUCACACCAACUACACAGAGCCAAGAGGACAUCACCCAGUACUACAACCCGCGCAGCAUUGAGGAAACGAAGUUACUUUUGCCCCAGAUUCUAUUGUCUGAUAUUAUUUCGGACUUGUCUCCUUCGGAUUAUGAAACUGAUCGUCUGAUUGUCGGUUCUCCAUCGUACAUGGAAUCGUUGUCGAAAAUAUUAAAUGAGACUCCUAGAGAAGUCAUCCAGCACUUCUUCAAGUGGAAGAUCAUCCAGAAUUACGCCGAUUACAUUGAGAGCGACGAACUUGAGCCUUUGCUUGAGUUCAACAAUGUACUUGUUGGGAAAGAUCCUAAAGCUAAGAAGGACCGGUGGCGAAAGUGUAUUGGCGAAUUGGAUUACAGUCUAGGAUGGAUCCUAAGCCGAUUUUACGUUACGGACUCGUUCUCCGAGGAGUCAAAGAAACUUGGGGACCAGGUUAUUUCUGAUAUCAAGGAACGUUUCGUAUUUACCUUGGACCAGACUAACUGGAUGUCACCAGAAGUGAGGAAAUUGGGUAUACAGAAAGUUGGUAAUAUCAUUCAAAAAAUUGGGUACCCGACAAAGAGCCCCAAUCUCAUGGACCCGGCGGAUGUGGACAAAUAUUACCAGAGCCUGUCCAUUUCAAAUGAGACCUUCUUUGAGAAUGCGGUUGCCGCUGCGAGGUUCAAAACUGAACAAAACUGGGCAAAACUGGGAAAGAAGACCGACCGAGACGAGUGGGAAAUGACAGCUCCCACCGUUAAUGCAUACUACAACCCUCCCGGCAACGAGAUCGUGUUCCCUGCUGGGAUCAUGCAGCCACCGACUUUCCAUGGACCAAAUGCCCCAUUAUACUUGACGUACGGAGCAUUUGGAGCGGUGAGUGGACACGAACUCUCCCACGCCUUCGAUUCGACUGGACGACAUUACGAUGCGAUAGGGAAUUACACGGAUUGGUGGGAUGAGAAGACUGUGAAAGAUUUUGAAGAUCGUGCACAGUGCUUCAUUGACCAAUACUCAGAGUUUACAGUUCAUGGAAAAGACUCCGAGCUUCAUGUUAACGGGCGUCUAGUACAGGGAGAAAGCAUUGCUGAUAGUGGGGGAAUUUCAGCGGCAUUUCACGCUUGGUCUAAGCGAGAUGAGGCCCAUCCUGAUCCCCAAUUACCCGGUCUUUCCGAAUUCAGCAAAGAGCAGCUCUUUUUCAUCUCUUAUGCAAACUGGUGGUGCAGCAAGACAACUCCUGAGGCUGCCCAGGAGGCCAUAUAUAAUGACCCCCACCCUCCUAAACCGGCGAGGAUUAUUGGAACAAUGGCGGAUUCCCUUGAGUUCCAGGAGGCGUUCAACUGCCCCAACAAGAAACCAAGGUGCAAGCUCUGGUAGCUGAAAGUCAAUGCAGAGCGUCUUUUUUUUGCGUCGCAUAUAGGGAUUGGUUUACUUGGAUUGAAUUAUCUAUCAUUUUAGCUGAAUCAUUGGAUAUGGAUCUACUUCGUGCCCGGUGAACCAUGGCCCAGAACUGUAGGAUGUAGGUAGGUAGACCCACGCUGCACGAGGCGAGUCACCGAGUCAGCUCGUUCUUUCAUCUCAAUCAUUGGACAUUGAUUGGUUUAUCUCUGCAACCGGAGGAUCGCGACUGAGAUGUGAUGGAUCGACCAACUAAAAGUGACCUUCACCGAUACACUGCGAACUCGAACAAAGCAAGACCAGUUCAGGUUCAGUAUGAGCCUCCCUCAUUAUGUAGAUGCCAAGCCUGAGGCUGGUUCGGAGUAAGGGAAUCAAAAACGACACUCCAACAAAGCGCUGAAUUAUGACCGG